AUGGAAAUAAUAAGAGGAUUUGUUGAACAAUUAAACGAAAUUGAAAUUCUUCAAUCUUUCUAUUCUUUACCUGGCGAAUUUGUAAUAGAUGAUUUGAUAGCAUUUGAUGAAGCAAAUGCUUUUGUUAGUGGAAAAAUAAAAUCUAUAGAACGAAAAGUCAGUUUUAUUAUCAAACUAAAUAUUGAUGAUCAGUUUACUGAACAUAUUGAAGAAUGCGGUGAAAAACGAACUAUAGAAUUACAAAUUGCAUAUCCUUCACAGUAUCCAUUACUGUCGCCUGAUGUUUGUCUUCAGCAAUUAAUAACAAAACAAAGUCGACUAUGGAUAUAUAGUCAUCAUAUUUAUAAUAUUGCAAAACGACGUCAUAUCGUUAAUUGGGAAAAUGAAUUACGAUUAUGUGGAUUUUCAUUACCGAGUAAGCCUGGUAAUAAUAUUAUGAUUGAAGGAGAUGAUAUAGAUGUAAAUACGUUCUGGUCUCGUCUUCGCUCAUUACAAUGGAAACGUUUACAAAUUAAAGAAAAAGAAGAUAUCGAAAACGAUGAUAAAAAAUUUGAUAAUUUUGAAGAACUCUCGUGA